UGCCCCACUGCUUCCACAUCCCCUGCCCCACUGCUUCCACAUCCCCUGCCCCACUGCUUUCACAUCUCCUUCCCCACUGCUUCCACAUCCCCUGCCCCACUGCUUCCACAUCCCCUGCCCCACUGCUUUCACAUCCCCUGCCCCACUGCUUUCACAUCCCCUGCCCCACUGCUUCCACAUCCCCUGCCCCACUGCUUCCACAUCCCCUGCCCCAAUGCUUUCACAUCCCCUGCCCCACUGCUUUCACAUCCCCUGUCCCACUGCUUCCACCCACAUCCCCUGCCCCGCUGCUUCCACAUCCCCUGCCCCACUGCUUCCACAUCCCCUGCCCCACUGCUUCCACAUCCCCUGCCCCACUGCUUUCACAUCCCCUGCCCCACUGCUUUCACAUCCCCUGCCCCACUGCUUCCACAUCCCCUGCCCCACUGCUUCCACAUCCCCUGCCCCACUGCUUUCACAUCCCCUGCCCCACUGCUUCCACAUCCCCUGCCCCACUGCUUUAACAUCCCCUGCCCCACUGCUUCCACAUCCGCUGCCCCACUGCUUUCACAUCCCCUGCCCCACUGCUUCCACAUCCCCUGCCCCACUGCUUCCACAUCCCCUGCCCCACUGCUUUCACAUCCCCUGCCCCGCUGCUUCGAUUGCCCCUCUCCCUGCUUCUAUUCCCCCCCUUCCCCCUCACCUGCUAUCCCCCAAUCCCGCCUCCCUGCCUUCCCCUAUGCUUCCAUAGCCCUCCCACCUCACCGCCCCUCCCCCGAU